AUUUGGGUUUGGUUCCCAUUUUAAUCAUUGACACAAUUCAUAUUCUCACUAAUUAUUAACCAUUGAAUGUGUUCAGAGUUGAUUGUUUUAAAUCAAUUCUCUACAAUUAACCAAUGUGAUAGUUUUCUUGAUUCUGUUUUGAAAUUUACUUUCUUCUUCCUCUUGGUUAACCUGAUAAUCUUUGAAUCUCCAACUCGCUUUGUUUUUUUACACGUGAACGAAACAAAUAUACUUGAUUAUCAACCAAUUUUCUGUAAAUUGUCGACUGUUAAUCCACUACAAUUAAGAUGGAAGAUCUUAAAUCGAUGCUCGAAACACUCAUGGAAUCCGGAAUUUCAGUUGAACCUCCUGCUUGUCAAUUCUCAGAUUUAAUUGAUCCCGAAUUGAAACAUCACAUGUCAUUAGUUUAUAAGUAUUACAUUAAUGAGAAAUUCAGGGAAAAUGUUACAGAAGGUUUUCUCAAGCUUCCCAAUGAGAUUUUCAUGAAAUCGGAUGAACGAGCUGAACGAUAUCGGAAAAAAGGAAAUGAACUUUACAACAAGAAUAAUUAUCAAGAAUCUCUGAGAGCAUAUAAUGAGGCUGUUGCUGUGGCUUCUUGGGAAUCUCGUCCAUCUGAUGGACUAAACACCGAACUGACCUUAGCGUUUUCGAACCGAUCAAUGUGCCUUCUCAAGCUUAAUCGUUACCAAGAAGCUUUGGUCGAUAUUGACCUCGCUUUGGCUCAUGUUUCCACCGAACAAUUAACAAAGAAGCUAAAUUACCGUCGAAAUGAAUGUCUGAACCAUUUAAAAUCGUCAACGAUCAUCGACAAAAAACAAGAGAGCCCAUUGGUGUCCAAGAUAACAUGGAAUGAGAAAAUGACCUCCGCCGUUGCAUGCGAACCAUUAAAUCAAUUGGAUUUAGUUUUUCAAGAGAAUCCGGAACUUUCUCUAUUGAGAAAAGAUUUUUAUUUUACCCGAUGUUUUAAUUGUUUCGAACAAUUUGACUUAAUUAUUCCCUGUCGAGGCUGUAAUCAAGUUAAAUUCUGUUCGUAUCAGUGUUCACUUGAUUCUUGGAAUUCUGGUCAUCAUCAUUUCUGUCACUUCUUGUCUCUAUUUGAUCAUCUAAAGAACAAGGAAAUUUUCAAAAUUCCUCCUCUUCUGGCCUGUCAAUCAAUCCUUCAAUUAGACACUCGAUCAACAUUUAAAUCUAUUCGAGAAGGAAAUUUACCUGAGAUGAUAAGAAACAUUUCCAUCUCCACCAUUGAGGCCGAUAAAUUGGACAAAAUGGCCGAAACAGCCGCUCAUCUAUUGACCUACUUCACGGUAAUCAAAAGGUUACCAAUCAAAAAUGAUUCAGUUCCAUGGAGAUAUGAUAUUGAAUUGUUCGGAGGUUUAUUGUUAAUGUAUCUCAGGAAAGUUGAAUUAGAUGGACGAUUAGUUAAUUCAACUGAAUUGGCUAAACCUUUUGAUCCUGAUGAGUUUUAUUAUCUCGAUGAUAAAGUAACUGGCUACGCAAUUUACAAGCAAUUAAAACAAUUGCCUCAUAAUUGUGAUCCAAAUGUAACAAUUGGCUUAUUUAAAGGACGAACUGUUAAUUUGAGAGCAAUUAGACAAAUUAAUCAAGGUGAACCCAUUCAACUGGAUUAUGGUGUUAAUUGUAAACUGUUUACACUCAAGGAAAGGUCAAACUUUUUGACAAAUUUUGGACUCAAGUGUAAUUGUGAUUCGUGUGUCCAACUGGUCCAGCCUCGGGCUAAGUGUUACCUGUGUCCAGUUUGUUCAGGUCCAGUUUUAAUUGAAGAUGAGACAAAUAUUUGCCUUAAUUGUUCACAGGUUAAUCUACUUAAUCGUGAUGAGAUUAAUAUUGAACUUGAUGCUUGUCUUUACAACUAUCGUCAGGCUAAUUUAGCUUUAAUUAAUCGUGAACCUGAUAUAAUUAAAGCGGAAGAUUAUCUAUUAGAUUGUUAUCGAAAAUUGAGAAAAAUUUGCUAUCCAACUAAUCACAAUUUAACUAAUAUAUUUGAUCGUUUAUCUUAUUGUUAUAAGAAAUUGAGAAAAUAUAAAUUAUCAUUGAUUUACUCAGAAAGAGCUGUUAAUUGUUUCAACGAAUCUAAUCAUAUAUUAGAUAGAUUAAGAGUUAAUUGUUUCUUUAAUCUAUUGGAUAGACAAAGAAAUUUUCUAAUUUGGUGUAAUAAACUAAAUCAAUUUGAUUCCCCUGAAUUUCAGGAGAUUUACAAUCAAACCAAACAAUCAAUUGAAAUGAAUCUAAAUGAAGCUUAUCGAUUAAUUGUCGCAAUUGAUUUUAAACUUGAUUAUUAUCAUUCGAUAAUCAACAAAAUCGAAACAGAUUUGAAACAAUAUAAUCUCAUUCUCUAGUGGAAUAACCAUCGUUUUAACCAACACAAUUAACAGAAGAAAACCAAAACUAAUCAAUCAUAACAAUUAACCUUUUAAACGAUAAGAAAACUUUUCAAUCAAUUUCUCGAUCUCGAUCACGAACUUUAAACAAUUAAACUUCACCAACGAUUCUCAAUUCUUAAAAUCUUCUCCAACAAUCAAUGUACGUGUAUGUGUUUACUAUUUAAAGAGAAAAAAAAUAGAAAAAUAAACAAUCACAAUUAGAAUUACGA